AUGCUCACAUCCAAACCUGAGCAGCUGACGUCCGAGAACAUCACCUCAGCUGCUACAACUGUCAGUAACCUGCUGUCUGCCAGCAUGUUAAAUGUGUCAGUUGCAGAGUCAGUGGUGGCCACCAUCAGUCAGCUCAUGCACACGGAUAAAGAUAGAUACUCUGAAGACACUUAUGAUGCUCUCGAGAAUCUCACAGAGACUUUGGAGGAUUUUGCUUUGAACAUGAGUAACAUUAACUCUAGUGUACUGGUGCAACCAAACCUGGUGGUGCAAAGCAUCAAGUUGUCACAGUGGACCCCACAAUUGCAAUUCUACGUUGCAACAGGACUGUCGGAGUAUUCUCCAGAAAGAACUGGUCUGGGUGCAGAGGCUGCUAACAUGGCAUCCUCUUCGGGACGUCCCAUUGAUCUCCGGUUAAAUAUCAAACUGCAGAAGGAUUCCCAGAAAGACUGGGACUGGAGAACAGAGGGCUGCGUCAAAAUACACGAUACCAAUGGAAUGCACUGUGAAUGUAACCACACCACCAACUUUGCAGUUCUUGUGAGCUUUAGAGCAGACUACACUUAUUCUGAAGCUUUAAACUGGAUCAGCAUUGUGGGAUGCAGUCUGUCUAUUGUGGGUUUGGUCCUCACCGCAGUUUAUCAAAUUAAGACCAGGAAACAGAGAGGAGCCAACUCCACUAUGCUCUUGGUGAACAUCUGUUUGUGCAUGACCACCUACUACCUGCUCUUCAUUUUUGGGAUCAACAACCCGGUCCAGAACUCAAAGGCUUCUGUUUCAGAGCAUAAUAUUAUUCCUUCUUCAGAUGUGCAGGAGAAUGUCGAUCAGGGUCCUUGUACAGCAAUCACAGCUCUGUUGCAGUACUUCCUGCUGGCCACGUUUGCCUGGAACAUCCUGUAUGCAGCUCAUGUGUUUUUCCUCAUUAGAAAUGCCCUCAACGGUCCACCCCGAGCUUUCCGCACCAUCGCCAUGACAGUCGGCUGGGGUCUGCCUGCUGUUAUUGUUGGCGUCUCACUGUCCACCACCUACAGCUUUAGGGACCCUUUAGGUUAUCGACAAGAGCAGUUUUGUUGGUUGGCGUCUCUGGACAAGGCGGGAAGGUUUGAUCCGAAGCGGCCGAUGUUGUGGGGUUUCUUGCUCCCUCUAGCGGUCAUGUUGUGUUUUAACACAUCUCUGCUUGUCUACUUCUCUCAAACCAUCUGCUGUGUGAGUCCCAACCUCAAGAGAUGUGUUGUACACAAUGUAGAUCCAGUCAACUGCCAGAUUGCUUCUGUUCUGGACUUCAUGCAAGAGAAGUUAUCAACAGGCGCAUGCCCUGCCACUCUUAAGGUUUAUGUGGCCGCUCUUUUGCCUUCCACCCCUUGCUUGACGGGGUUUCACUUGGGAGACACCCUCUGCUCGUUCUCUUCCCUCAUGGGGCCAGCACACCUGCACAACCUUAGGGGUCCAGACAUUUUCAAGCACGGUGGCGUGGGUAUUCUCCUUCCCAAUGCGCAGAGCAGCGCAGCAUUGACUCCCUGUUAUCACUACUACCAAUCCUACCACCACCCCUCAUAUCAGUACUACCAAUCCUACCACCACCUCUCUUAUCACUACUACCAAUCCUACUACAAGCCCUGUUAUGACUACUACCAAUCCUACCACCACUCCUCUUAUUACUACUACCAAUCCUACCACCACCCCUGUUAUGACUACUACCAUCUCAUACCAUCACAUAACUACCACUUCAACUACAAGUACCAUCCCUAA